AUGAGCGACACACAGCAAAGGACUAUGAAGAAGAGGACUGCGAGGUUACUCAGAGCUACGAGACCGAAACGAACCGAGAACUACCAGUUUAGGUGUCACCAUCAGACUGACAUGCACUCCAUAGAGAGGGACAAUAGACACUAUAGGAAUUACUAA